AUGGGUGAUGAUGGAAAGCAGCUGCACGAUGCGUGUUGGUCAUCAGAUCCACAAGAGGCGCUGCAGCUGGUGACCAGUUGGGACCAACAACGUAUACGAGAUGCUGCCCAGUACCAACAUGGUGGGUUUCACAAUACUCCACUGCAAAAUGCCUGCUAUAAGGGUCAUGACAAGGUGGUGGAGAUGCUGUUGAAGCACGGUGUUGAUGCUGAAGUCAAGAACAUCCAUGGCUGGACACCACUGCACCAUGCCUGCUGUAACGGUCAUGUCAAUGUGGUGGAGAUGCUGCUGAAGCACGGUGUUGAUGCUAAAGCCAAGGACAGCGUCAGUACACUACCACUCCCUCUUCCCCCCUCCCCUCUGACUGCUGCUCCUGCUCCCGCUGCUCGUCGCCUUUGCCCCCGUCGCUCUCUCUUCUACUCCCUGCCCACCGUGCGCAUGCGUUCUGCCCCUUGCUCCUUUUCUUCCUUCCCGCCAUCCCUUUUCUUCCCUGUUUUGCGUCCGCGCUUUGUCGGUGCUCCCUGCGCCCCGCUCUGUUCCGCUGUAUCUACAGCCUGCUACUCUUUUCCGAUGUUGUGA